ACCGCAUUGUUGAUUGUUGGGUGCCCCUACGCGCACCGCACAAGAGCACAGCCAGUUGAUCAGUUGAUCUGUACCACCACACUUUGGCUCCUCCGCCCUCUGCUCUCUUCUGCUCGGCAGCCGAAUCUCCCUCCGCCCCGCCCGUGCUCAGAAACCCUCGGCGCCUUGCCCCUUUGCCAGAGGAUGCCAUUAACUCAGGUGCACAAACGUGGGGCUAUAAGCCGUUCCAUUGACAUUGGUAGGUUCUCUGAAUAUGGAGAACUGAAUCAAGCUUUGGCCCACAUGUUUGGCAUGGAAGGGCGACUCGAAGAUCGACAGAGUAUGGGUUGGAAAUGUAUCUACCAGGAUUAUGAGGGCGACUUCCUAUUUGUCGGUGAUGACCCAUGGGAGGAGUUUGUGAUCAUCGUCAAGUCCAUUUGGAUCUUGUCGCCUCAAGAGGUUCUUCAGCCGAUGUUUCCGGGUGGUGAUUUAACAUCAAGGCUGUAGCCUACGAAAUCAAUGCAGUGAAGAAUAUAGUGUAUAUGUGUGAGCUUAUUGUUGUGAGGGCUAAAAUUCUGCCAAGACUAGCUUGAUCAUGCGCGCUGCAAUAUUUGCCGUGAGGCCUAAAUUCUCCUAAGGCUAUACAUUUGAUCAUGGGUGCUGCGACGCGCCAUUUAAAUGCUA